CAGUUCGAAGGUAAAAUAUAAAUUCAUUUUUUAUUAGGCGUUGUCCUCGGGGUCACCGUUGUCAUUGCUUAAAAACGCUUAGCUGUUACGGAAAGUUCCGGUUACUCGUUUUCAAUUUUCAGUGUGUUUGCUAUCAUUUUAAUUCACUUGUCACAAACUUGUCACGUUAAUGUCUAUUCAAACUGUGCCAAUUAACUUAGGAGUUAUUUAUCUACUUUUCAAAAGGACUUAAGUUAAAUGUACAAAACAUUAUGUAUUAUUUGUUUUAAUUUACCUGUGGAAAAUUACUUUGUAUUGUUUUAAUCAACAAUAGCUUAAAAGGGUGUGCAUUUUCUCUCACUUAACAUUUUUAAAUCUCUAUUUUAAGGUGUCACUGCCUUAGCCCACUGUCAUAUUUCGCACACCUCGCAUUAUUGGCCGUCAAAUAACAAAAAAGAAAAUAACAGGUUAUUAUCAUUCUGUGGCCUCUCGGAAGCUAUGCUGUUUUUGAAUAUUUAAUGACCCAUGUCAGCUGCCUGCAGACGUCAUUUCCAUAUUCUAGCAAAGAUACAAAUCCUGAUCCGCUCGGCUGAAGAUAUUUGGAGUUAUCAACAAAGACCUGAAGUUAGCUAGACACUGGUAUGGAUAUAAAGGACAUUCUGUUGUGGCAUGACGUCAAAGUGUCCGUCAUUGUGUUUGUCAGCGGCUUUGUUCUCCUUGUCUGCCUGACACAGUUCAGUGUGGUCAGCGUUUUCACCAACAUAGCGCUGGUCUGCCUCGCUCCGAUGUUGGCCCUACGACUUUUGUUAACUGCAAGAUCAGCGUUUCUGAGAAGCGAAUUUGAACACCCGCUCAAAUCAUAUUUAUCGAAGGACAUUGAAGUAUCUAAGGAUAAGGCUGACCAACUCGGUGAAAAAGUUGCUGAGUUUGCUGUUUCCAUGACUACAAAGCUGAGAGGACUUUUCUUGGUCGAUGACUUAUCUGACUCUCUGAAGGUAGGAUGCCCUGAGGGAGGGAGCUAAUCUACAAAGUUUUAUACCGGGGAGGCUCGCCCCGAGAUCCAACCCAAACCUUUUGUAUACCAGUUUGUCAGAAAACGUACCCCUUUCACGUACCUUUAAUCAAAAAAGGUAACCACAUUCACAUGCUUUCAUAACCGUCCUGUGUUAUGAAUAAAUCGCCAGGGUUUCUCAAACGCUAGACAACCUGCAGGUCAUAAAAAAACUGGGACUCACAGAAGCUCUGGCUAAUUAACUAAGACUCCCACUACUUUACCCUACUAAGUUAUUAAUUUCUCUACUUUACUGCCGUGUUCGCUCAUGCCACUUAGUCAAGCGCUCUGACUCACGCAUGCAUAGUGACUGCACUCGCACUCACACAGCGUACACGCGCGCACGAGCUGACGCGA